GGGUUUUCUCGGUAGAAGCAGUAGAAUUGUGGGGGCAGUGCAGAAACGCGUCCCCGUAAGCAUCUGCUUGGGGAAUUUUCGGUUCUCCUAGCCCGAUUAGUAUUCAUAGAAAAGACCGGAGAGUUACGUCAGCGUUUGACGUUGUCGCAAUACCGUAAGGCGGUACGAGUUUGUAUCCUCGUUCUCCGACUUCAAACCGGCGUUUGUUUCGCGCAGCUAAGCCUAGCCGUCAAAGGAGAAAACCUCGGCCGACACCUACGGAUUACAUUCCAGGGAUCUGUUCGCACUACGAGCAUUGCAAGUCCAGAUUUGACCUUUGGGUGCACCAUCGGCCAUCCAGAAAUGUCGGUUGCAAACCGCGCUUCGAAAUUUCAAGAGGAGAUGAAUAACAUUCCGCUGGCCGACGAAGACGCCCAAGACGAAAGCGAGUUUGACACAUCUGCAAGCAGCGCACUGGCAACGCACAGUGUGGAGUCCAUUCCUUCGACUUACACAAAUGGUAGCAACAGCCCCGCACUAACAUGUGAGUAUGACUCGUCUGCCAAACUUCUGGAUGGUCGACACUAUGUUUCCUCCACAGCUCUCGACCCCGACAUGAGUCCGGACGAAGUCGAAGAAAAAGCCAGGCUUAUCUCGCAGGUCUUGGAGCUGCAGAACACACUGGAUGACCUCUCGCAGAGGGUGGACAGCGUGAAGGAGGAGAACCUGAAGCUCAAGUCUGAGAACCAGGUCCUGGGACAGUACAUUGAGAACCUCAUGUCCGCCUCCAGCGUCUUCCAGUCCACCUCCCCCAAGACAAAGAAGAAGGGCUCGACAAGGGGCAAGAAGUGAAGACGUGUGCUGCUUGUGCAUCGUCCCACCUCUGUACCGACGGACCCCGCCUCGAGCCUCCCCAGUCGACGCAAUCCAGGAUGUCCUCAAUCUAGUACCACCCUGUCCGCCGCUCAUUUCCACGCGAGUGACAUCAGCUUUGAGUUCCUUUCGCAAGUUCUACCAAUUCCUUUCAAUGAAAUGACUGUCCUUGCGACAACAGCCAGUGGUUCUGUCGUUGCCGAGAUUGAAGCACCAUUCUCGGGCUUAGUCCUUGAUUGUUGAUGCCAUGUUAGUUUCAAGCUGCUUUUUCUUUUAGGCUUACUGGAUAUCUUUGUUCUUCUUUUUCUGAGCAGCGGCAUAAUGUUCUAGAGCCUGGGGACCCUCAGGCUGUCUAACUUCACCGAGGGAGUCUGUCGAGGGCAGUGCGUUUCCGUUGUGCAUGAGUGUUUAUGCUGGCUGAGGGAUUGCUAUGAUGUACCGCUUGGAGCGUCACACGGUCUUCAGGCACAGCCAGAGAUCACACCUUUUUUGUGCCGUGCGAAUUACUGACAUUUGAACGAGCGGCUUGAGUGAUAUUCAAGUUUACCCGAGUGGUGCAACCCUUGCCACGGACGGGCACAAGAUAUUCUCUUGCCCCCCAUCCCACUGCUGCUUGUAACUGCCGCAGCUUUUUGAGCACCGUGCCAAGGUUUUAAGAGAAUGUUCCGCAACAUUUGUUGUGAUUAUUUUGAAAUAGUGCACUUCUUUGCGUUUGUGUAACACACGCGCACAUUAGGAUGCAGAGCUUGCGGAGGCUAGUCAGCGAUAAUAAAAAUGCUUCGUUUUACGCAGCUGCCAUUAUUUCCGAGGCAUUCUUUACCUUCCCUUAUGUUUUACUCAGUUGCACAUAAAAUUGUCUCCAAGUUGGCUCAAGUUUUACUUGUAAUGCAGGGUGGUGCGUAAUGUGUCAGAUAUCAGAGGAUGCCUUCCUGUUUUAUCUGCAUGCUAGACAAAUUUGUUUUUCAUUGCCUGCCACUGCCUUUAGGAGUGGCUGGACUGUUCUAGUCACAAGAAAACUGCCUCGUUUCACGAGCUGUGUGGUGCAUACUGGCGUUUUCGCAGCACGGCUGCUUGUCCAACCGAAAGUGCAUCCCACAUGACCUGUGAAACUAAGUGUAGCCACCAAUAUGAGCUUUCAUGUAUGCAGGGCCAUUCAGUCAGCGCUUGUGUGUGACAAAUCUCACCUGUGUGCAAUCUUGUAAUAAACAAUGACCUGUGUUAUAA